AUGGGUGCGUAUGCCGGCUACGGGCUAGCAGUGCAUAACGGCAAGUGUGCCAUGCGCAGGCCGGGCAUUCAGGACAUGCUCGCAUACUACACGACAAAUGCUUUUGCAACUGGCUCUAAGAAUUCGCUGGCCUUUCAGCUACGCGGCAUCAAGCAGAACAGAUGCACUUCACCCGAUGUAAUGGCGUUUAUGGGCUCGAAGGACAUGCUGUGCAGCGUGGCCACAUUGAACAUAGGUUUGGAGGACAGGCUCGCACAACUCACCAUAGAGGAGUCUGCGACUGGCUUCAAGAAGUCGCUGGCAUUCCAGCCGCACGGCAUCAAGCAGAGCAGAGGCUCGUCAGGCGAGGGCAUCUGGAUCACCAAACGGCAACCUAGCAGCGCAUGCACUUCACCCGACGUGGAGGCCUUGAUGGGCUCGAAGGACACACUCUGCAAGGUGGUCAUGUUGAACAUAGGUUUGGAGGACAUGCUCGCAUGCUUCACCGUAGUGGCUGGCUUCAAGAAGAUGCUGGCUUUCCAGCCGCGCGGCAUCAAGCAGAGAACAGGCUCGCCAGGCGAGGGCAUCUGGAUCAACACAAGGUUUGGAGGACAUGCUCGCACACUUCGCUAUGGAGGAGUCUGCGGCUGGCAUCAAGCAGAGCAGAGGCUCGACAA